AUGCUUCGUAGCAGGAUUAGAGACAUCAGGGACUCCACAAAGAAGCACUCUGAAAAUCGCAAGCCGUCUGAUGGGGGAAGUAGUGACGGGAUUUCUGUACCGCAUGCCCCAUUGAGUCUGGAAGCUAGAGAACCAUUGAGUCUGGAAGCUAGAGAACCAUUGAGUCUGGAAGCUAGAGAACCAUUGAGUCUCGAAGCUAGAGAAUCAUUGAGUCUUGAAGCUAAAGAACCAUUAAGUCUGGAAGCUAGAGAACCAUUGAGUCUGGAAGCUAAAGAACCAUUGAGUCUGGAAGCUAGAGAACCAUUGAGUCUGGAAGCUAGAGAACCAUUGAGUCUGGAAGCUAGAGAACCAUUGAGUCUCGAAGCUAGAGAAUCAUUGAGUCUUGAAGCUAAAGAACCAUUAAGUCUGGAAGCUAGAGAACCAUUGAGUCUGGAAGCUAAAGAACCAUUGAGUCUGGAAGCUAAAGAACCAUUUGGUCUGGAAGCUAAAGAACCAUUGAGUCUGGAAGCUAAAGAACCAUUGAGUCUGGAAGCUAAAGAACCAUUUGGUCUGGAAGCUAAAGAACCAUUGAGUCUGGAAGCUAGAGAACCAUUGAAUCUGGAAGCUAAAGAACCAUUUGGUCUGGAAGCUGGAGAAUCAUUGAGUCUGGAAGCUAAAGAACCAUUGAGUCUGGAAGCUAAAGAACCAUUAAGUCUGGAAGCUAGAGAACCAUUGAGUCUGGAAGCUAAAGAACCAUUUGGUCUGGAAGCUAGAGAACUAUUGAGUCUGGAAGCUAAAGAACCAUUGAGUCUGGAAGCUAAAGAACCAUUUGGUCUGGAAGCUAGAGAACCAUUAAGUCUGAAAGAUAGAGAACCAUUGAGUCUGGAAGCUUGA